AUGCCGAGAGGGAAGCUAUACGCCUUCGCUUCGCCGUUGACCAGGGCGAACACCGCCGCCGCCUCCCUGGUCGUCGUCCUCCUCCUGACCCCCCUUUUCCUCCCAGCUCUUAUCUUCUCCCUCUGUUUCCUCGCCGUCUUGUCCUCACUCCUCCUCCUCCCCGCCGCAUGCGUGGCCACCUUGGCCCUCUUCCUGUUCGCACUCCUCCGGCCGAUCCCGGCGCCGCCGCCGCUCCGGCGGUGGCUCUCCCUCGCCUCCCCCCUGCCCUCGCCGUGCCUUGACGGCGGCGGCAGCGACCCGGAGCUCAUCGAGCACCACUGGUCGGAGUCCAAGGGGGAGGAGGAGGAGGAGAGGGCGGAGGCUGCCUUACGUGGGCUGGCAGCCAACGUUGACUUAUCCUUCUGGCAGAUCUACAUCGUCAGACGUGGGCACGGUGAGCCGAGGAAGGAAAGAGUAAUCUCUCUCUCUCUCUCUCUCUCUCUCUCUCUCUCUCUCUCUCUCUUCCUUCCCGUACAUGCAGUUCUUUUCUCAUUUCCCGGAUUUGUUUGCAGUUCUACGAACUCUUGUCCUUCUGGAAGAAGAAAGAGGGAGGAAAGGAAUGAAGACACUACAACUUGGACCCUUGGCCUGUUGGAAUUUAUUUCUCCUGUUUAUGGUGCUUCUCGUCGGGUAGAGAGAGAGAGAGAGAGAGAGCUCAACAGAGGUGUGGGGGUGUUUAUAAAUAAAUACAGUGGCCAUUUUCUUGCUGGCUUCCAUUCCACUAAACAGAGGUGUCCACAAUUUCGCCACCGCCGCCGCCGGCGACGAUGGCGGCGCUCCUGCGUCGUGCGGCCACACGUCCUCGUGUCCUCCCUGUACUCCAAAACGUGACCCGCUGACUGUCCUGGAAUAUUUUUCCGUGUCUGUAGAGUCCCAGAGUAUUGACUUUUGUAUGACCUGCCACCUCAUGGGUGGGAAUCAUUUCCCCUAUAAAGGAGACUUUCCCUGUGAAAACCAGUUCCCCUUUUGUGAAGCUGGAAUCUUUGCUGAUGUAGUGAUCUUCGACCGAGUGCGUUAUCCCAGGUUGCUGACCACCACGACAGGCGCUGCCUAG